GUUUUUCUGACCGCAGUGUGGCUCAGUCAUACGGAGAGAGGUAAGAUUGGCAUGUUUUGGCAUGUUUUGCCUAGUAAAUCUCGCAGGGCUUGGCAUGAACGGAGAAGAGGGAAACAGUGGGAAACAGUGAAUUCAUGGUGGGGCUCGUCCCCAGCAAUUCACAGGAAGAGCCAGGAAGGCCAGAAGGAUCCGACUGCGCCUGCUCAGCCCUGUAGUGCCGUAGUAGUGCCAGAUCAGCUUAUCAAAGUGGCCAAAUCUCCCACUAUAAAAGCCUAAGGUGCCCCUCGUUCCCAUCAUCAGUCCUUCAUCAUACUAUCCCACUUUCCUCCUUUCUCCGACUUAGAAGUCAGAUAAAAACACUUACAUCACACAUCCAUAUCGAUUUACCCCUCUUCGUCUCACACACACACACACACACACACACACACACACACACACACAUUAUGUCCGGCUACGAUCAGUACAACCAGGGCCAGGGUGGCUACUACGGCCACCAGCAGGGUGGUUACCAGCAGGGUGGCUACCAACAGGGCGGCUACCCCCAGCAGCAGGGCUAUGGACAGCAGCAGGGCUACGACCAAUACAACCAGCACAGCCAGCAGCACGGUAGCCAGGGUGGCUCUGCCAACGACUACUAUGGCUCCAGCGGACAGCAGUCUCAGUAUGGUGGUGAGAGCCAGUACGGCCAGCAGCAACAGUACGGCCAGCACGGUCAGCAGCAGUACGGUCAGGACCAGCGUGGAGAGUACAACCAGCAGGGUGCCCCUGGUGGCGCUCAGGAUGGCGAACGUGGCCUCGGUGGUGCCCUCGCCGGUGGGCUUGCGGGAGGCUUUGCCGGUCACAAGGCGGAUCACGGGAUCCUCGGAACCAUCGGUGGUGCCAUCAUCGGAAGUAUCGCUGAGGACGCCAUCAAGAAGCACAGACACAAGGAGGAGGAGCAGCAGCAGCAGUACGGCGGCUACCCUCCCCACGGUGGUCCCGGUGGCCCCCCUCCUCCCGGCUCUCACCACGGUGGCGGUGGUAUGAUGGACCAGUUCGGCAGCUUCUUCAAGAAAUAG